GCUCUCUCUCUCUCUCAAAUAAAUAAGUAAAUCUUAAAAACAAUGCCUGAAGCAGACCACAUACUGAAGAAAUGACCACUAUCAUCAUUAUUAUUGUUCUCAUCAUUGGUCUGUGCCAGACAGUACAGUAGGAGAUACGGAUGUGAAGAGAAAUAACGUAGGACCAGAAACUCUCUCCUUUCUGCAGGUCUUUCUUGGAGAAGAAGAAAGGGAGAGAUGGAUGUCAUUUUGGAGGAUCAUGUUUAGGACAGAGGAACCAACAAAGGAAGCCUGUCUCAGGAACCAACACACAUUAUCACAAGUUCAGUGGACAUGCUUCACUGCUGACCCUUCCCUGAUCUGACUCCACCCCCGAGGGACACAGUUUAACCUUGACCAAUGACUUUAAAGGACUAGGAGGAACAAGGGGCCAGAAGGUCAGCAGUAAAGAAUAAAAGGUGACAGUUUCCAGCAGCAGCACAUACCUGCUUCUAUCUCUGAUCGCCUGUAAGCUCUCAGACCUGACAUCAUGGUGCAUUUUAGUGCCGAGGAGAAGGCUGCUAUCACCAGCCUGUGGGGCAAAGUGAAUGUGGAAGAUGCUGGAGGCGAGGCCCUGGGCAGGCUCCUGGUUGUUUACCCCUGGACCCAGAGAUUCUUUGACAACUUUGGCAACCUUUCCUCUGCUUCUGCCAUAAUGGGUAACCCCAAGGUCAAGGCCCAUGGCAAGAAAGUGCUGACUUCCUUUGGAGAUGCUGUUAAGAACAUGGACAAUCUCAAGGGCACCUUUGCUAAGCUUAGUGAGCUGCACUGUGACAAGCUGCACGUGGAUCCCGAGAACUUCAGGCUCCUGGGCAAUGUACUGGUGAUCAUCCUGGCUUCUCAUUUUGGCAAGGAAUUCACCCCCGAUGUGCAGGCCGCUUGGCAGAAACUGGUGGCUGGUGUUGCCACUGCUCUGGCCCACAAAUACCACUGAGUCCUCUUUCUAGUUCAGCAGUACCCUUCUGUGUCCCCAGUGUCCUCCUCCUGCAUAUGGGGACUUAGGUUUAGCUUUGAGAGCACAACUUCUGUUUAAUAAAGUUCAUUCUAAUCAG